CACCGGCUCCACUACAAGUAGCCUCAUCACUCUUCCCAACAACUGCGUGUCUGUUGGUUUGCCGUGUGUGGGUGUAUUUCAGGAGAUGGGUUUGCGUUUGUGUGUUUGGCGGGGGAGUUUGAGGUUAGCUGAGGUUUGCUUAGCCUUUACAAAUCACUGUCAGCGGGAAUUGAAACACAAACAUUCCAGAAUGAAAGACACAGGGUAUUUUGUGUGUGCAUGUAUCCCCUUGUGCAUGCACACUCUCACAAUCUUGAUAACACUAAAAAAAAAAAGUAUAUUUUAAGGCGAAUUCCAUCGCUGCUACAGGCAUUGUAAUGUAAAAAGUAUUCUACACUCUUCCCAAGGAAAUUAUCUCGUCAAACCCCCAGGUUGAAAACCCAAGACUCAGAUCUGUGUCUCCCCUUGCUGUUAUCUCUAGUCUGUCCCUGUGUCGUGCACUGACCCUCCCCUCUCUAUUCAAACCAAUCUCCUUCAGCUGGGCGGUUCAGAGCAGAACAAUCAGGCUCAUUAGAUUCCAAAGAAAUCACCACCAGGGAAUGAAAAGUUCAUCUUACCAUCAGUCUCUGUAUCUAGUUUCCCUGUGAGCCAACAUUUGUUGAAGGAGUCCCUGCAGAGAAAGCUGGACCUGAGCGUAGCCUUGUUUUUUUACCUGUUGAAGAGCCGGGGCUCAGUUUGGAAGUGUGGAAGUUAAAGGAGUGAACCGAUUUGGAUCCAUGGGCAUUUCCUUCCGGCUAACUAGCCAACCAUACUGUCAUCGUCUGCUUUUUUGUGGGCAAGCUCCAAGGAAAGUCCAAAAAGGCUACCUGAAGUUAGCAUCGCCUCGUUUGUGUGAGAGCAGAGCGGUUACAGCCCAUGGGAAUUUGAGUCUGAAAGGGACCAAAGAGAAGAAUCUAAAAGGGAUUUGGAGCUGAAGGGAGAUCGGAUGAGAUCCUACCCGGGGGAACCCUGGAGUCAACUGAUCAAACUGUGUAACGGCACCUUACACUGCAGUGAGCCAGCUGCACCAGACAGAAACACAGAUUUAUGAACACAGUGAGCUUCAAACAGUCCACAUGUUUAAAAACCUAAAGUGACUCUCAGAAAGGUGAUAUAUCCACGCGCACAAUGCCUCGAGCGGUGUUCCCAACGCUCCUGCUGCUGCUCCUAUCUGUGCUUGGGGCGUCCCAAGCCUGCCUGCCGGACCCCGCUUCAGCCUACAGGUUCACCGGAGCUGUGUGUCGCCUCACCUACCCAGCAGCUGUUGUGUUGAAUGAGAAAACCACUAAAGUGAUUGAGGCGGCGUUCCAGCAUGCCAGAUACCCAAGUAUGGGGGGUGAGAAAUCCCUGCUCUUCAUAGGCAGAGUCAUAUAUGGCCUGGACAAUUUGGAGGUCCACAACUUGUCGAUUGGUCGGAGUGAAUUUGAACUGCAUCCAGGGGAAGGCAUCGGCAUCGAAAUAACCAAUGUGUCUGCAGUCUUCAAAGGGACUAUCCAGUAUGGAUACGGCAGCUGGCUUGUCAACGUUAAGCAUUCAAUUGACUUUGAAAUUGAGUCUCAGAUUGAUCUCGGAAUCAACCCCAAACUUUACUGUGGAGACAGGAAGGUGGCAGCAGACACAUCAGACUGUUACCUGAACUUUCACAAGCUCCGCCUUCAUCUUCAGGGCGAUAAAGAACCAAACUGGCUGAAAAGGCUCUUCACCGACUUCAUCUCCUUCACUGUCAAAAUGGCCAUAAAGGGACAGAUUUGUAAGGAGAUCAACAAGUUGGCAAAUAUACUGGCUGACUUUAUACAAGAAACAGCAGAGCAUUUCCUCACUGAUGGAAACAUCAGUGUAAAUAUUGCUGUAACUGGCCCCCCCGUCAUCACUGCUAACUACAUAGAAUCAUACCACAAGGGUCUGACCAACUACAACAACACUUCUGCUGUCAUCAAUGACUCUGUUUUUCAGCCCAGUCAGCUGACUGAAAACAGAAUGCUCUACUUUUGGUUGUCAGACCAGGUGUUGAACCCCUUGGUUACUGCUGCUCACAAAGAUGGACGUUUCAAACUCAACAUCUCUGGAGCAGAGCUCACCGAGCUUUUAAAGAUGAAUCUCUCCAGUGUCAUGCCUGAAUGUAUCAGAAAGUGUCUGCUGGAAUCACCUUCUCCAGAGCUGAGAGUGUGGAGUUCAUCUGUUCCCUACCUGAACAUCUCCACCUUGGGCGUGGCCGUCUUGGUGAAGGCUUCCGGGCAGCUCCACUGUGGGAGUCAAGGCACACCGGCAAUCUUCUUUGAUAUGGAUGUGGAUUUAGUCGUCACAGCUUCCUACACUGAUAAGAAACUCUUCCUGCAGGGUAACUCGUCAAAGGUUUCUGUAAUCCAACCCGAGCUGCUAUCACAUAAUCAGAUGCUGCUGAACGAGACACAAUUGGAGUUCCUAAGAGAAGCUGUGGAGAAGAUAGGCAUUCCUAAGGUCCUGUCUGUUCUUGAAGUUGAGCUGACUUGGUUAUUGGACAAGCAGGGAGUUAACUUAUUCGACAUCAUUAACCCAGAGGUGCUUCCUCGAGAUGGCUUUGUGGUGAUUUCAAUGGAUUUUGGUUUCCCUCAUCACCUCCUGGUUGAGUUCCUCAAGAAGACACUACAAUAACUGGGCAACCCUAAAAUACUGUGGGCCACAUCUGGUUUCAGGGUUUUAGGUUAAAGUUUUGCUCGUAUAGAAAAUUGUACGCUUUGCAGUGAUUAGCAACAUGUAUGAAGCAGUACAAAGAACGCCCCUGUGGUAGCACAUUUAGAUUUUGACCGUUUGGAUGUAUGUUGACCUGCGCUGUUUUAAGAUUAUACAUCUCCUUCUUUUUAUAAAAUGUUGAUGUGGACAAUAGGGUCGGUUGCUUAAGUUUCAUUAAAAUAAUUGAUGUGGAUAUGUUCCAGUGGGCUCCAUGUAAUAUUUGGAUUUCUGACUACAGUACACUAUAUUCAAUCAGUUUGUCCAAAAUAUUUAUUUUACUGAAUAUACCCGGAUAUUCCCUGCCUCUCUGAAAAGACUCACAGAGUUUACUGGCAGAGUCUUUCAGAGAAUAUCCAGGUAUAUUCAAUACAAUAAAUGUUUUCACUCAGUUUAGACAGCUCCACUUGUUGACCUAGAAACACUGAAGCUGAUACCUUCAUAUCGACCCAACUGACCAAUCGAUUUACAGGGAACCUAUGUAUUAGCAGUAGUACUGAUAUUUUUGGAUCAAUCCACACACCCCUAGUGGACAAGCUUAUUAUUGAUGUUGUCAUUGACUCGUGUAUUCAUGGCUGAAUGCAUGACACCACAUUGGAAACAUUUUGAGUGUGUAGAAAGCAUUACAUGUUUAAUGUGAAUGUACUGAAUGUAUCUAGACAUUAUAUUAGCUUAACUGUCCGUCUUUGUGGAGCUAUAAUUAAAAUACAAAUGGUGCUUGUGGUUCCGGCAGGUUUUUGUCGGGUUCUUUUUAAACAACUGCUUUAUAUGUUUAGUUGUUAGUACAGUUAAAUAUAGUGCAAGGAGGUCAUCA